AUUCGUAUACAAGAGACCAAGACAAUUUCGGGUAGGGUGGAGGAGUAUGGAACAUUUAUGCUGUUUUUCAUAGGCCAAAUGUAGCUCAUGUACAGGUGAUUUGUUUUACAGAAAGUAAACGGCACUUUGUGAAGGAUCGUGGGAACACUACCAAUAUUCCUUAUGACUAUACUUCUGUGAUGCAUUAUGGCAGGUACACAUAUUCAAAUACAUCUGGGUCCAUGUCAGUCGUGUCGAUACCAAACCCCAAUGUUACCAUUGGUCAGAGAACUGGGCUGAGCAGCCUGGAUGUGAAGAGGAUAAAUGUGCUCUAUAAUUGCAAUCUAUGCAGAACAAAGUUAAUGGGUGCCUCAGGGAACUUCUCUUCCAGUGAUGCUACUCCCAUCGACACGCGUGACAAUUGUCUAUGGCUCCUACAUGUUCCAUCAAAACUGAUCUUUCUGCAGUUUGCCACGUUUGUUUGUUUGUCCACCAAAUGUAAUGCUAAGAUCAACGUGUACGACGGGGUGAGCAAAAACAGCUCUCUGCUGGCCACCAUCAGGGCUGGCCAUCCUCUACCGGUGCUGAUCUCAUCCAGCAGUUUGAUGUUGCUGGAAUAUAUCACUAACCCAUCUACUCCAAGCAGUUUCAAUGGAUCUUAUAGCUCAGGUAUGUAUCCAACUUUGGUGUGUAUUAUAUGGUCAAAAGCAUGUAUCAAUUGUGCCCUAACCACUUGAGAACCAGUCUGUACAGUACCCCAUC